CUCGACUCCGAAGACUCAAAGUCCGUUUCUGUCGUAGGGGAAGUUGCCGCGGAACGUGCUGAUCGUCAGCGUUUCUCUUAGCGGUUUAUAACUUCUAUCCUCCGCGAGUUCUUGUUUUGAUUUUUUUUUUUUUAAUUUCAUCUCUUCUUUCUUUCUUUUUUUUCCCUUCGUCGCAAUUUGUUCGCGAGUGAAACGUGCCCACGAUUUUGGGAUUUCGGUACAUUAUCAGUGACAAAAGAGAAAGAAAGAAAGAGAAAUUACUCGUGUUUACCAGUGUGCACUGUGCCAUGGGGAUCUAGAAACACCGGUCAGGAAACGAGACGCAUGACAGACGACACCAGGUGGGCGUUAUCAGGUGAGGGUUCAGCAGCUUUCGGCGACGCGAUCGAGAGAUGUCGGAUGCCGCCGGCACGGAUAAUCCGGCAUUCGCCACCGAAGAUGAGUGCGUCAGCGGUUCCAAGUUGGAGAACGGCAGCCAGCAGCAAGCGGCCUUGAACCAGGAUCGCAAGUCCUCGGCGGACAGUGCGCCGGUAGAAAAUGGCCACCAGCGAUCCUUCAUCUCCCAGCACUACGUCGAACCCAUUAAGCCGAGCUCGGAGCCAUGUUAUAAAACGGAAACGAGAAUUGAGGUGCCGGCCGAUAACGCGGAGAAGACCGUGCCGGAACCGAAGCUCAAUGGCGUCCACGGGAAUGGCAAUAAUAACGACGCGAGUUUCCUUAACAACAGUGCUACGAGCGUACAGAUCAACGACUCCGGAAAGAAGGAGCAGAUCGAGGCCGUAAAUCUGGAACUGGUCUCGAUGAGGCCAUACACGGGCAACAAUAUUCAGACAAAGGGUCAGGAAGCCUGCGAGGUACCAGCUGAUCCUUACGAGGAGUACUUCGUGCCGGUUAACGAGCAUCGAAAGUACAUCAGCAGGGGUCCCGAGGCCGAGGUUGAAACAACCGUAGCUGGAGUGCGUUUUGAUUUGGGCCCCGGCGUCGGCCGUGAGGGACUCAGCCUGAGAGAUCCCGCCGCCGGAUUGGUCGACUAUUCCCACUGGCUGACAGCCCUCAGGGGCGAGAAACUUUACGUUACGAAGGACAAAAGGUCUAGAAAUUCAUACUGGAGAAGAAUGGCCUGGGGAUGCGCGCUGUUGGUUAUAGCAAUUGCCGUAAUCAUCGCCAUUUUGGCUGCAACUGGUGUAUUUCCAAUAUCAGCUACGGAACCCUUGGAAAACGUCGAAGAAAAUAACACACGCCAAUUUAACGAAGUACAAACGGCUGGAAGUCGAGAAUAUGUGAAGGAUCCGCCAUUAAGUCCACCACCUUUAACUUCGACUUUUCCGCCGUGGCCUACAACUGACGAAACGUUAUUCGAUAUUGUACCCGAUGCUCUGGAUGGAACUUUGAGACUAGACGAUUUUAACUGGAAUGACGAUUUUAGUGACAUCAAAUCUCGAGUAUACAGACAAGUAAGCUCCGAGAUAGAGGAGCAUCUAGGGAAUAUUCUUCGACAAGCGGGCAGCACGUCUAUAAUUAAAGUAUACGACAUCAAUAAGGAAGGAGAAAUAAGAUUCAGAAUAAGUCAUCCACCUCGAAAUGCACCUGAAGAGAGUCAGGAAUACAUCGAAGAUGUAUUACGAAAAAAUGGUAACAUGAUCGGAGAAUAUCACUUGAACAGACUUCAUGUAGGAAAGCUUAUUGAUCAAUGUGAAUAUGGCAAUUUCGAGUGCACCGGAAACUGUAAAUACGAUUACCCUUCUGGCAUAUUUGUAUGUACCUGCAAAUUAGGAGAAAUAUUGCAUCAUGAUGGCAAAACUUGCGUAGAUGAUAGCGAUUUGAGCAAUGUCGAAAUGGAUGAUGUAAUGCCACAAUCUAGCACGGAACCAAUUGAUGAUUUUCAAGGUAGAAGCAGAGAUCCAGGCGCGAUAGACUUCGAACCCAGACAUCCCAAUACUUGGAAAAAUACGGACUUCAAAACAGUUUCGGUAGAAACAGACACAUCGACGGCGAAGUCUAAAACAAAAGAUGUUAAUCCUGAGCAAUCUGACAUAUCAAUAGAACAGCAGACCGAAUUUACACCAACGACGAAACAUUCAGUUUUCGAGAAUGAUGAUUCUCGUUGGAAUCAUGAAUAUGUACAUCAUUCGAAAGAAACCACCAUUGAAGCAGAGCCUCCCAUUAAAACCUUCCAAGAGCCUUCUGCUGAACUAGAACCUACCUCUGAACCAGAACCUACAACUGAACCAGAACCCAAUGCUGAACCAGAACCUAAUGCUGAGCCAGAACCCAAUGCUGAGCCAGAACCCAGUGCUGAACCAGAACCCAGUGCUGAGCCAGAACCCAGUGCUGAACCAGAACCCAGUGCUGAGCCAGAACCCAGUGCUGAGCCAGAACCCAAUGCUGAGCCAGAACCCAGUGCUGAGCCAGAACCCAGUGCUGAGCCAGAACCUAGUGCUGAGCCAAAACCCAGUGCUGAGCCAGAGCCUACUAUUUCACCAGAACUCACCGUUAAAUCAGAACCAGAGCCUACAACUAUAUUAUCCGCUGCUGUAUCAAAUCCUGCUUCUGAACCAGAGCCCACUGCAAAACCAGAAAUUGCUCCUGAAGUCGAAUCUACUAUUGAAGCAGAGUCUAUUAUUGAAAGAGAAUCUACUGCAAAAUUAGUGCCUGUUACAGAAUCAGCAACAACUAUCAAUGAAACAGACAGUGAGGUAAAAUCAAAAACGGAGUCGCAACAUUUAACAACAGAAUCGUAUUUGAAAUCAAAAACUGGAAUAUCUGAUCGACCUGAAUUCUCUGUUAAACCGAUGUCUCAUGGUGAUACUUCUGAAUCAUCUACACAGACAUCACCUUCGGACGAUGCUGGUACAACUAAUGUAUUCAAAUCUUUUAUUGAGUUAACAGAUAAAAGCGAUAAUUCCAAAAACGACGAAACUCCUAUCACAACUGUAAAGCCUAAUGAAAACCCAACAGACAAUGAUACACCCUUACAAGUAAUACCUUUAACAUCUAAAGAUAUCAAUGAUAAUGUAGAUACUAAAACAACAACAAUACAAUCUUAUAGUAAGAAUGAUGAAAUUACUGAAAGUACAAUUAUCGAGGGCGGUCUUACUACCUUAAAUUAUAGAGAUUUAAAACAAAAUGAUGAUGUAAAUGUUAUAUCAGCCAAACCUGAGAAUCGUGCGGAAUCAGUCACAGAACAAUUUACACAAAAUCCUAAUCUUGAAGAAAAUAAAAAAAACGACUCUACUACAAAAACAAAUUUGGAUACGAAUUUAAGUAAUCUCCAAAAUGAUAGUUCUGCGAUUAGUGGACACGAUUUAAUAACAAAGCAAAAAUCAGACAUCGAUUUAAAUGUUUUUGAACAGGUCAGUUUAACUACUGCAGCAACUACUGUGCCAGUCACAUCACUAGAAGAAAAAACAGAAUCGACUACUAAAUUCAUCAAUAACGAUAGACAUUCAUCGACAGGAUAUAUCCAUACAAUAGAAAUAAAUGGCGUAAAUAAUAGAAACCCAGAAACAAAUAAUUAUACUAAAGUACACGAGACAACUACGAUACCAGAAACUACUCCAAUUGAUAUAUUUACUCAGUCAAUACUUGGAUAUCGGGAAGAACUUGUACCCGAGCCCGCAUUGCAACCAAAUACACCAGAUUCAAACGAGAAAAAUGUCAUCGAACAUAUGCCGACAACGGUCUUCCCUAAAGUACCGGAAAAUUUUGCUCACAAUGUCGAGCCACUCAGGGAACCUAUCGUGAAAUCGGCAGACGACGAACAUAUCAUGUUGAUACCAAAAUCCGAGCAACCAGUAGAGAUACACGCGAUAAUUCCACAACUCAUUCCAGAACAAGCCACAAAUAAAUCUCUGAAAGUAGAAAAUUCGACAACAAAAGAGAACAAAUCUGUAGAAGAUACAACCUCGAUCGACUCAUCUACAAUACGUACUAAUGAGAAUAUCGUUCCUGCGAGCAAUAAUAAACAUGCGGUACGCUCUGAUGAAAUUCAAGAGCAUUCAACGAGUCAUCCUCUUCACCCGGCGGUAUUUCCAGAAAAUUCGGUAGACCAUUUUACAGGGAAGUCAGACGAUCGACCGGCUGAAGAUAUGUCACCAUUCUUACCAGAUGUUCAUAAAGAAAAGGAAAGUCUAAAGAAGCCACGCUUAGAUAAAGACGAGCAAGAUGGUCCUAAUCCUUUUGAAACUCAUAUCGAUGAUGUUAUAACGCAUCGACCAUUAACACGUAAUAAUGCAGACAGAGUAAAUGAAACUGAAACCAAAGAUUUAUUAAAUGACAUUAAUUCCAAGAAUAACGAAAAGAAGGUAGAUAUCAUGAAGGAAAUCACACAGAACCAUGAAAUAAAUAUGACAAAUGAUGUAGGCAACAGCACAAAUACUAACAAUACAGAAUCUAAGAUUCUGAACGUAUCACAUCAAAAUAAUACAGCGAAAUCAGUCGACAAUGACGGAACAAAAGGCAUUACAGAUCAGGAAAAUGGCGGUUUCUCCGAAGAUAAAGAAUUGAAAGUGAUCCCACUGGCAGUAGAUAAAUCAGUAGAUUCAAUUUCUCAAACUACACUGCAACCUUUAGAUAAGAAAACGGAACCUGAAGUUGUAACUUCCAUUGGAAAGAAAGUACAAGAAGUUGAAGGUAUCACGAUAGAAAGUGGUGUGACAAGUUCAGAGAAACCAGAAGAGAAUGCUGUCGAAGAUCAUUACAACGAUAUUACAGAUGAAGCUUUGUCAAAAGGAUAUCAGCACGAUAAUACCGGCAUUCCGAUUAAAGUUAUAGAGUCGUCCAAAAAAGCAGUUUUAAAGGACAUUGACCCUAUAAAAGUUUCUUAUAAUGGCCCUUAUUCGUCGUUAACUACGUUCGAUGUCGUAAAGAAAAAAAAUGGAACGAACGAAAAGAUAUCUUCUGAUACGACACAAAGUCCGAUGAUUACGAAAACCGAUGGAGUUGUAAACAAUCAAAUGGAAGAUGGUAGAUUGACUACACAAGAACCUGUAUUGCCUAUAGAAAUUCAACAGGAAAUGUCCACAACAACCGACAAAGUUGAAAUCACGACUGUAAUCGAUAAUGGAAAGCAUGAAGAGAACAAUACGGAACCGCCGAAUGUUGGUCAAUCCGACGAGAAAGAAGUUAUUACAGCACAAAUGACAACAACUCAAGCCACGCUGGAAACUAAGACUACAGCUCAGAUCCCGAUCUUGCCCGAGGAGCUACAAACGACAGAAAGUGAUAUAUUAUCAACAACAUUGAGUGAAGAGAUAUCGAGUAUAGACAAGAAAAUAGAAACUACUGAUAAAACAGUUUCAACGGAUGAUGCUAACAAUGCAAUGAAAAAAAACGAAGCAGAGAAGGAGAGUGCUGUUACACCCAGCAACGUAAUGGAUACAUCGGAAAGAAGCAUGGCAGCGACAACAGUGUACGAGAGUAACGUCAGCUUAGGAACUGGCCGGAAAAUAGAAUAUGAUAAAAAUGGACAGAUAAUUGAAAGUGUGACGGAAAGCAUAAAAAUUGAGACUACUCCUAUGAUGUCCACGAUAGGAAAAGAUAUUGCAGGUGGCGUAGAAGGAACCUCGCCUAUGCCUAACGAUGUCACCACCACGGAAGAUGUCAGACCGGUUACGGAAGUGUUGGACGACACGGAACCCAUGAUGGAUUAUAGAAUAUUGUUCACCACGGUUCCGCCAAGACCGAUAUUGCUUGAUCCGGAACUGUCUGAAGAGGCGCUCAGAGUGAUACCGCUGGAAAAGAGUCAGGAAAGCAAGAAAAAACCAAUCGACAAGAAGGGAUUCGACAAACACAAAUACAAAAAAGAAAAAGACCUAAGUCUGGAGGAUCAGAAUGAAGACAACGUUUUGACGGAAAGGUUCGAUCAGACCAUACUUUCCCAAACGGAACCAUCGACGAUCACGACUGCAGACCGCGAGGAACUGCAUGACAGUGUGGUAAGCUCGGAUAUAUACCCAAAUGUACCCAGGUUCACCGUGGCUGACAAGGAAGGCAACAUCGUGCCCAUAUCGAAAUGGAAAGAUACAGCGGCUAGAACCGAAAAUAAAGAUGUGGUCGCAGAGACGAAACCCAAAAAUUAUCCUACCAUUAUACCUGUGUCGGAAGAGAUAAUAGAGUCGGUACCAGUCACGGAGCCCUACGUAAUCAUGCGAAAUUAUACUCGUCACAUGAUCAUAACGAACGAUGCGGAAAAAACGGCUGCAAAUGAGACGACAGUCGAAGGUCAAACUAAUGCAAGAGCAAACGAAACGACUGGACAAAACACCACCUUUUUUUCGGAUCAAGUAUUCAGCGACCACGAAGAAACGAAAGUAGAUCACGUUACGGAAGAGUCGACUACGCAAACUUCAACGUUGAAGGUGGAGAUCGAGAAUACCACCGCUAGCAGUCCUUCGGAAUUUUCGUUUCCUGGGAGCCCCUUGAAAUGCUCCACAGGUCAAUUUCAAUGCGUUAAUGGAACGUCUAGGAACGGUGCGUAUUGCGUCCCACAGUCCGCCAAAUGCGACUCCGAAAAUGAUUGUUCCGACGGCUCGGAUGAGUGGAACUGCACAGCAGAAGGUUGUUCGAGUAACUUCCGCUGCGCUAAUGGACAUUGUCUAAAAAGGCACCUUGUUUGCAAUAAGAUAGUAGAUUGUGAUGACGGCAGCGAUGAACAUAACUGCGAGAACUGGCAGUGCCAGUCUGAUGAAUUUAGAUGCCCAAGCGGAAGAUGCAUUCCGGGAUUAUGGCGGUGCGAUGGUCGGCCUGAUUGCGAAGGACAUCAGGACGAGUACAAUUGCGCGGAAACUUGCGGAAACAAUGAGUAUCUGUGCCCAACGGAAAAGUGGUGCAUCCCACAAGCGUGGCAUUGCAACGGAGUUGCUGAUUGCGUUCAUGGGGAAGACGAAAAGUUAUGCGACUGUGCCCUAGAUCAAUUCAAAUGUCAAACCGGUGGAUGCAUUCCCCGGAACCAAGUCUGCGACGGCAUCGAGAAUUGUCCGGAUUAUUCGGACGAAUGGAGUUGCCUAAUCGCCAAUAUUACUGCAAAUCGAAAUCUCACUAACGCGGAAACGGAUAGCAACACGGCGAGCGAAGCGAAUCGCGUGCCAUUUUUGAUGAUAAGACAAUAUAACGGCGACUAUCAACUAGUCUGCUCGGACGGAUGGAGCGAUGAAUUCAGCGAUUCCUAUUGUCAAGCUUUGGGAUUCGCCGGAUCUGACGAGACACUCGAAUCGUUCGCGUGGGAUAGAAGCCAGAAAAUCCUAAGACUGAAGACAAACCCUAAUUAUCGCCUGCCGCUAGUCACGAACUUAGAGGAAGUGGGAUUCUGCGUCUCAGACAAGGUCAUGCAAGUAUCGUGUCAGGAAUUCACUUGUGGUCUGCAUCAUGCGGAGGAGUCGACCGCAAGAUUGACAGAUCCUCCUGAGCGAUGGUCUAGUACAGCCUUGUUGAAGAAAUCGGAAGAAGGAACCGUUUGUACAGCCAGUAUAAUCGGCCCUAUGCAUGCUCUAACUAGUUAUUCCUGCAUCUAUAGUAGACACAAGGAAAAGAGUGGAUGGCAGCUUUUCAUCAGUGGAAAUAUGUUAAAAGGAAACACCGUUAAAAAUAUCAUCCCCUAUCCUCGAGUGAAAUAUAAUCAGUUCCUGUACAAUAACGACAUCGCUCUAAUCGAAUUAGGAGAGCCAUUGGUAUUUUCCAAAAACAUUAGCGCCAUAUGUCUUCCCAGACAGCCUAUCCAGCCGGAGCAAAUUUGCCUAACAGUAGGAUGGGCAUUCCCUAGGAACGGGGAAAUGAAUUUACAACAAUAUCUCAAAUUUAUGCCUCUUCCAUUGAAUAAUUCCGAUAAGUGUAAUGCCACAAGCCAUUAUGCAGGAUUCAUUACGAAACACGAUAUAUGCAUAGAUAAAAACCCUUGUUAUAAUGACGAAGGAACGUCACUGAUGUGUACCAGUGAAUCGCAGGGUGCUCCGGGAAGAUGGGAAAUCCAGGGAAUACUAAGUCAUCGUAGAGAAUGCUUGGGGAGUCAUCCAGCAAUUUACUCAAGCUUGGAACCAGCGCUCCCGUGGUUGCGCGAAACAGUGCCAGCUUUGCAAACGCAGAGCUAAAUCAUUGUCAUAACAAUUUAUCGAAGCCGGUACUUCAUGUUAGACAAGAGAAUCACAUAGUUUUAAUAAGAAAAAGAUGGUGAUUCUAUAUAUAUAUAAAACUACGCAGAAGAAAAAUUCGAAUAGAUCUCCCUAAUUUUCUUUAUGCUUAAAAAAGUCCAUAUUCAUUUACAUUCGCAUCUUCUCUUUUUCCAAUUUUAAUGUUCCUAUUGAUAGCACGAAAGGUAUUUUAAUAAUUCUCGAAUAUCGCAACAGCGGUGAGUUAUCAUGAGAAAAAUUUAAGUGCUUUUAUUGUUAUACGACAGAUCGCAGGGAGAGCGAAAAACUCUAGAGAAUUAUGACAUUCGUAAAUGUACGAGAAUUAUGACACUUGUAAUGAAAAUCAAAGACAAAAUUAUACCGACUUAUAAUUAAGGAAUCAUUAUGUAAAUAUUGUAUAAAGUAAUUGUUUAUUAUGGAUAAUGUGGUAUAAGAAUUAAUUAGUUUAACGGGUCUCUUAAAGACACUUUCUACAUUCUUGUAUUCAAAAUUACUACUUAUUACUAUUCACACAAAAUUAUUACCCCACUUGAAUUAAAAAAUAAUUUUUGUGAUAUAUUUUGGAUAUUUCCAGUACACUUUAUAUACACAAUUGAUAUAAGAUAUACCUAUCUAAUUAUUUAAUAUGAGAGACCGAUACAUAUGCAUGUCCGAUUACAUACGAAUCAAUAGUUUGUCUCAGAGAUCCUAAAUAAGGAUUUCUGAAAUGAACAAUGGAUACAAUUAAGCAAUAGAUAGUAUAAAUGUAUAUAAUAUAUAGCUAUUUUUUAAUAAAAUGCAUUGUUAUAGAGAUUAAACAACAAAGUAUGUUUACACAUAUACGUAGUCAUUGAUGAAUGCGUA